UUUUUAGGGUUCUAAAAACCCUGUUUAAGUAUGUAGACACAAGUAUGUUAUUCACAUAUAAAUGCGUAAGUAGUAGAAGGUAAUUAACUGUCUGUCUGUUACGAUUUCCCGUCUAAACUGCUAAAGCGAUUAUGAAAAUUGGCCCAAAGAUGAUGACUGAAAUCCACAGAGGACAGAGGAAGUUUUAUGUUUCAGAGUCCUUUUUAGGGUAGGUAGGUACCUAUUUAUCAGGGACGGAUUUCGUGGUCCAGUGGUUGAGCGUUAGGGAAAGUAUCCGAAGGUCUUGGGUUCGAAUCCCGGUGGCGAGACACGUAUACCUAACAAAAAGCGACUACCUAGUAUAAAUAGUAGCCGGGACUAGCUGCUUCAAGUGCCCUCUGAAGCACGGAUCAUCUUACUUUGGGACAAUCGGGUGAUCAGCCUGCAGUGUCCUAACCAAACCCGGAUUCGAACUUCCGGAUGUCCCGUCCCGUUUCCGGUGUAUGAUGUAUGUAAGGGUUGGUCUCAGGUUGUCUAGGUAGCAGUAUUAGGUACAUUAAAGUCUAUAUCGUAAAGCGACAAGAUACCAUUUCACCUAGAUAUAUUGACCUUGUCGCAAAUUUACUUGACCGCAAAAUGACUGCAUAUAGCGCUUCGUCUAGUUUGUGUUUUGUUUCAUAAAUGUACAGUUAACUCACGACCUCAGUCGCAGCAACGGCAUUUAGCAUGAUCCUAUUGAUAGAAGCAGCUGGUGGGUUAAAGAAGAUGCCAUUGUCCAAGGGGCGACGUGUCCUUUGCACUUUAGCCCUUAUAUCCAUAUGUGUGUUCUUUUCAAUACCGCUGAUGCGGUUGAAAUCCAAGAAACGGUAUUACCCUUACAGGUAGGUAUAUGUCGUAGAUAUUAUGUCGCACCCCCAACACGUCAUAAGCACCAAAAAACAACAUGCGAUGACGUGGCGUAAUUGUGCGAAUAAAGUAAAAAAAAAUAAUAACCAGAAGCUCGAAGACAAAGUGAAUCGACUGACAAAAAUUGCCGCUAAAUAUCCCUUCAUACCUUUGAACACUAGAAGUCUCAAAGCUUUCGUACUAUCACAUCCCAAGGACUACUCCUUUGUUAUCCUGUUCACGUCCUUGAAAGAAGCUGAUGAUGAAUGUGAAACAUGCAAGUAUUACUAUAACGAAUAUAAGUUGGUGGGGAAUUCAUUCAAACGCUGUCCAGCGUUUCAAACCAACCAAAUGUUCUUGGGCUCAAUCGAUUUCAAAAACAACGAAGACAUUUUUCAGAUGUUAAGCGUCACGUCGACUCCAGUGAUUAUUCACUUUCCACCAUUGACAGUACCAAGUGCAGAAGACGUUAUGGACUUCAAAAAGUACGGAUGCGACGCCAUCGAUAUUAGCAAAUGGAUUCAAGAGAGGACCGAUAUUGAAAUCAUCUGUAGGAAGCCCAAAACUGGUUUUUUACCGAAAGUAUACCAGUGGGUUGAAGACGGCCUGUUUUACGGUUACAAGAACAUUGUGUGCAAUAAGGACAUCUGGGCCUGCAGCAUGGCUCUAUUCAGUUUCGAUAUGGCCGCAGGAGAAGCGUGGCUGGCGGAACACAGCCCACCGCACUUCUCUAUUGAAAACAAGAAACUUCAGUUCGUUCGCAAAAAUGAUAUGCAUUACCAAUAUGUCUAUGAGACUUAUUUGGUCGCAUUGUUAUAUUUACUAGUCGCAGUAGGAAUGCUUCUCACUAUUGAAUCUCUGAGAGGGAAGAAAACAAGUCGCAGUCUCAAAACUGUAUUCGGAGUGAUUGUUCUGUUUGUAUUCUUCAUAAUUUUGCAAGCAGUAUUCCGAAUGAAGGAGUCCCUCUACCCGUUUUACUUUAUAUUCGUGUGAGAAUCUUGUCAAUAUCAGCAAAAGAAGAAGGCGUUAGGUUGUAACGAAAAAUAUAUCUUUAUUUAGUUUUAAGUGUAAACCGCGUGCUUAAAUACAAUGGUAUUGUAUUAAUAAUUUAGUUACUUAAUAAUAAAAUAAAUAGUUAUAAAUAUU